ACAUCCUGCUCUCUCAUCACUUAAUUUGAAGUUCGAUAUAUUACGACCGAAACCCAAGAUUCAGCACCCCUUUCAAAAAGUGACCUAAAACCGCGCCCCUAUUGAGAGUCUACCCAAUUUGACCUUUGGACUUGAAAAUCAUUUCAACACACUGAAAUUCAUUUUAAAUAAUAUCGUAGCUUUCCCCUGAGCGGUGUCGAAGCAGCCGUUUUAGGUUUUCGUCGCCGAUCGUCUCUUCUCGUUGCACAAUCUUUCUCGUAAGGCUGUGGUUGAUUAUUUAUCUAUCAAGAUGGCUGGACCGGCUCCAUUUGUAGAUUUGGGCAAAAAAGCCAAAGACCUCUUGACAAAAGAUUACAUCUUUGACCAGAAAUUCACUCUCUCAAUGCUGAGCUCCACUGGAAUGGGACUUACAGCUACAGGACUCAAGAAGGACCAAAAUUUUUUUGGAGACAUAAACACUGUGUACAAGAGUGGAAAUACUACAGUGGAUUUGAAAGUUGAUACCUAUUCUAAUGUGUCUACAAAAGUGACCAUCACUAAUGUCUGGCCAUGUUCCAAAGCUGCUUUAAGUUUCAGAAUACCUGAUCACAAGUCUGGCAAGCUGGAUGUCCAAUACCUUCAUCCUCAUGCAGCCAUUGAUUCUAGCAUUGGCCUGAAUCCAACUCCCUUAUUGGAGCUUUCAGCAACAAUUGGAAGCAAGGAGCUUUCUUUGGGUGGUGAAGUUGGAUUUGACACAGCUUCUGCUUCCUGUGCUAAGUACACUGCUGGGAUUGGCUUGAACAAGCCAGAUUUCUCUGUUGCACUUUUACUGACUGAUAAAGGACAGGCACUGAAGGCAUCUUAUAUCCAUUCUGUCAACCCUUUCACUUCUGUUGCUGCUGAAAUGACUCAUAGAUUUUCCACCUAUGAAAACAAUUUCUCCAUUGGAAGUUCCCAUGCUGUGGAUCCUUUUACUGUGAUAAAAACUCGGUUCUCUGACAAUGGGAAGGUUGCAAUGCUAUGCCAACGUGAAUGGAGGCCCAAAUCACUCGUAACUUUCUCAGCGGAGUAUGAUUCAAAGGCCACCAAUGCAUCCCCUAAGAUGGGGCUUGCCCUUGCUCUCAAGCCUUGACUACCUUCACCAGGAAGAUCUGUUUGGUCUCAUUCAGUAGCAGCUUGAAUUCAAUAUUUUAACCCCGAACCCAUGGGAGAGUUGUUAUCUACCCAGAUUAUUGUAUUGAAAAAUUAAGAGAAAAGAUCAGUUGUUGAGCUGAUGAAUGUUUUUACCAAAAGGUUGGUGGGAAAAUUGAACCCGAUUUUGAAGAAUUUUAUAAUGAUAACACAGCAGCACUUUUUCUUGCCGAACGUUAAUGCUGUAGGUCGGGUGGUUUGUAUCUUUUUGGCAGUAGUGCAUUUGUCAAUUUGUUUUAGAAGUUUUUUGCCUUGAUUCAUCGGAUCUGUUUAAAAAAUC